UUAUAUUAUCAAUUAUUCAACGUGGCAAUAACUUAUUGGUCAUUUCAUGAAAGAGAUAAGAUAUUGCAUGGUCAUACCACCAUGUCCUUUUUUUUGUGAUUUACGUUCCAUAUAUUCAUCCUUUGGUCCAUUCUUUGGUUCAGUAUUCAGAUUACAUUGCAAAAAUGGCAUCAUUCACCAUGACAGCUUCCAUCCUUGGCGGCCCAGCCGUCACCAACCGGUUGGCAGUAGCAACGCAGAGGAGAUCACUCGUAGUGAAUGCUGCCAAAGCUGUUGAAGCGGAAAAGGUCAGUUAUGACAAUGACAUGGAUGGUAGCAAUGGAAGGAGGAACUUGAUGUUCGCCGCGGCGGCGGCGGCUGCUGUUUGCUCUGUUGCUGGGAUGGCAGUGGCAGAUGAGCCAAAACCAGGAACCCCAGCAGCCAAGAAAAAGUAUGCUCCGAUUUGUGUCACCAUGCCAACUGCUAGGAUUUGUCGCAAUUGAGGGACUCGGUUUUUAUUUUACUUCUGAUGAUCGGAAAUGUGCAUUAGGGUUGUAGUAAUGUUUUGAUUUCACAUGAUCCUCACUGUACUAGAUGUUCAUAAAACUAUCGACUUUGCUUUGUCUA